GAGUGACGACUGUUUUGCUGGGGAAAGUUGCGCCUCAUCUGAAUGUUUGGAAAAAAAAUUUUAUGACUAACUUCGCAGGAGAGAUUGCUUCUCGGUUUUCGGAAUGUCCAAGAGGGUUAAUCAAUUUCUUUGUGGUCUUUACUUAGUUGUCCUGACGUUUGGAAAUUUGAAAUCUUUUGAAGCUGUUGGGGGACGAGUACAGGUAGGGCCUCGUAUCGAUAUCGAUUCAAUAGCUCGUGAUCGUAAUGCAAGACCUCGGGGAGGCAGUGGUAUCAGAGAGAUUCGCAAUGCAAAUGAAAAAAAUGAUUCUGAAAAAGGCGACAUAGCGAGUCAUGCUGCACAAGAAGCCAAAGCUGCAUCUGAUGCUCAAAAUAUUGCUGCAAAACAGGCAUCACAUCAAGUAAAAGCCCAGCUGGCAGAGAAAGCGUUUCGUGCAUCAAAGGCUGCGGAAGCGGUGCUGAUUGGGAAGAUAGCGUUGGUGGAACAACUAGGCGAGGAGACCAAGGAAACUCAGAGUGUCGUUCGUGAAGGUUCUCUGGGUCUUCAAAGGGCCCAGGAGAAUGUUGCUGCUGCUAACAAAGCUGCUAAAGACGCCCAUCAACAGAUCGAUAUUUUGAGGCGUGCGGUGGAAACUGGGAAAUCAAAUUUGAGCAAUGCCAGGACAGCAGCAGAGGGUGCUCGAAGAUCUUUGGGAGAGAAGGAGCAGUUGCUCGUAGCAGCUAAAAAACGGGUUGACGAACUCAAAGCUAGAUUGCAAAAAGCUAAGAACGAUUUAGCGAAGACUAAUCAAGCUGCAGUCAGAGCUGAAUCUUCUGCAAGAGACGCUCGAGUCAAAGUCACUCAUGAUACCGCAGUGAAAACUUAGAUUUGCC